CUUUUACUUCCUUUAGAAAAAAAAAGGGAAAGUAAUGAAAAGAUUUCCAUGUAUAGCUAUUUUAAGUAUCAAAUUGCCUUUUUUCAGGGUCUUUGAAAGAAAACAAGAACAAACAACUUUUUUUUUUUGGUGGGGUCAAAAUUAUGUACUAAAGAACAGGGCUUUAAUGUUAUAGAAACCACUACAACGCUUGUUUUGUUUGUUUCGUUUCUCUCUCUUUCUCUUACUUGCUUUGCUUUGCAUUGCUUUCUCUCUAUCACAUUGUCAUUUGGUUUAGUUUGGUUUGGUUUAUUUUGCUUGUUUUGAGAGUGUUCAUGGCCGAUGAUAAUGACUAUAAGCAUGCUACUUCGAGUGAGAACUGCACAGAUUCUGACAACAGGCCAGGGAAGAACUCAGAAGAUGUGGUUAUUCAAGCAAGACAUAAAAGACAAGGGGCUAUAUUUUCUUCAUAUUCAUCAGCCCAUGAAUUAUGCGGCCUAAACACAGAAAAGGAGAAAAAAGAUGGAUCAUCUCCUAAAGGAGUUAUAGAAGCCUGUUUAGGAUUAGGAUUGGAAUCCAAUAUGACUUCUCCUGAUGAGAGCCCCAAGGCAGAAAUUCGUUGUACACAUUCAGGAGCGUUUUCUAACUGGAGAAAAUUCUUUAAAUUAUGGAAAAGAAGACCAGGAAAGCAUUUAGCUUCCUUUCCCCCUCUUACUGUACCAAAGCUAUCAAGAAAAAGCAGCAGGAGCACAAAAGAGAAUCCUGUGCUGAGAGAUUUAUACAACUUCAAGUCUUCUUUAAAGAACUUCAGCCUACGUCAGCUCCAAGCUGCAACAAACAACUUUAACCCAGAGAACAUAAUUGGAAAGGGUGGUUAUGCUGAAGUCUACAAGGGUUGUUUAGAAGAUGGAAAGCUUCUAGCAAUAAAGCGGCUGACAAAAGGGACACUUGAUGAGAGGACAGCUGGUUUCCUAUCUGAGCUUGGAGUUAUAGCCCAUGUAAACCAUCCAAACACUGCUAAGUUGAUUGGGUGUGGCAUUGAGGGUGGAAUGCACCUUGUUUUUGCGUUAUCUACAUUGGGAAGUUUGGGAUCAGUUCUUCAUGGUUCAAGAGGUACACUAAAUUGGAGUAAAAGAUAUAAGAUUGCUUUGGGUAUAGCAGAUGGCCUCACAUAUCUUCAUGAGACUUGUGAAAGGCGAAUUAUUCAUAGAGAUAUCAAGUCUGAUAAUAUUCUGCUUACAGAGAACUUUGAGCCUCAGAUUUGCGAUUUCGGCCUUGCCAAGUGGCUACCAAGACAGUGGACUCACUACAACGUGUCAAAAUUUGAAGGCACUUUCGGCUACUUUGCUCCUGAAUACUUCAUGCACGGGAUAGUUGAUGAGAAAACUGAUGUCUAUGCAUUUGGAGUUUUACUUUUAGAGCUCAUAACCGGACGGAAAGCUUUAGAUGAUCAACAGCAAAGCGUUGUGAUAUGGGCAAAGCCUCUGCUUGAUGAGAACGAUAUUAAAGAUCUUGUAGAUCCUUCCCUAGGUGAUGAUUAUGAUGAAGAGGAGGUGGAUCGCAUGGUUUUAACUGCCUCUUUGUGCAUCGAGCAGUCUCCUAUUCUUCGUCCUCAAAUGAGUCAGGUCGUGAUACUGCUGAGGGGUGAUGAAUAUGUAGCAGACUGUUUUAAAGAAUCCCAAAGGCGAUCCAUCCAAAGAACAUACUCGAACGAACUCUUGGAUGCACAUGAAUACAACUCUACGAAACAUCUAAGCAACAUCAAUCGACUCCAGGAGAUUGCUUUAGGUUCUUAAAAGCUAGUUAACUUCUUUCAAACCAUAAGGUCUUUUUAAGUAUGAAGGUUUGCUGGAAUACUGUUUGCCAUGGCAUUUGGAAGCAUUGGUUCUUACUCCAUGAAAACCAAUUCAAAGCUCUUCCAAAUUUCAUGUGAAACAGUUUGCUUCUGUUGGUUUUCUUUUCAAUGUAUAUUUAAGGUUCGGUGUGAAACUUGUAAGGAACUUGAAACUACAUAUAUGCAAGAAACAAUUUUGAACAGAGUAGAAUGUUCAAUUUGGAUUAAUUUGAAGUUUUGGAUGAUUGAUGUUAUGGACAAAAAACAUGAAGAGAUACCCCAUAAAAAACAUGUUAUACCACAUUUUAAGGUUGUCUUGACCAAGUUUAGAAAUGGGGUUGCUUUGGUUUGGUUUCUUCAAUUAGUGUUUUGAGUAAAUCAAGGAUUAUUCAUGAUGAUACUUUGGUGAUUAAAUGGAAAGAAUUGAACAUCAAAUCAAUGCUGAAUUAAGCAAUCAAUGUGAAAUGAUCAAUCCUUAUCUUCUUUUCCCAAGGUAUGAA